AUGGACCCGAGCUUAGAGGACUUCAAGAGGCGGAAAGACCCUAUUAGAUCUCCAAAAGGAGGUCAGCAAAAUCCUCGGCCAGCUCCGACCAAGUUCUUCCUGCCUCUGAACAUCGCCUUCUACGUCUGCUUUACCUCACACCUUGUGGCAGCGCUGUAUGCACCAAUCCAGGACUGUGACGAGACCUUCAACUACUGGGAACCCUUGCACUACCUAAAUCAUGGCUACGGCCUCCAGACAUGGGAGUACUCUCCAGAAUUCAGCAUUCGGAGCUGGGCAUAUAUCGGCCUACACGCCCUUCCCGCAAAGCUCGCCGGCGUCUUUGGCGGGUCAAAGAUGUUCGAGUUCUAUUCCCUCCGCGUCAUGCUGGCAUUUGUCUGCGCGGCAACUGAAGUCCGUCUUUACUCGGCCAUAUCUCGAACCAUCAAUCCGCGGGUCGGGGUGACUUACCUUAUGAUUGUUACCUUCAGUCCCGGAUUCUUCUACGCCUCUACUGCAUUUUUGCCAUCUAGCUUUGCCAUGUACACAUCCGCCUUAGGUCUGACCUCUUUUAUGGACUGGCAUGGAGGAUCUAAAACUGCCGCCGGCAUCAUGUGGUUUGGAAUCGGCGCUCUGCUCGGAUGGCCAUUCUCGGGAGCCCUGAUUGUUCCUUUCGUUGUCGAAGAAUGGCUCAUGGCGAUAGUGGGACAAACAGAUCUCUUCGAGACGUUCCGACGUUAUCUGGACGGUGGUGCAAGGUGCUUGGUGGUUCUGGCCCUUCAAAUCAGCAUCGACACGUUCUUUUACCACAAGAUCGUGGUGGUGCCCUGGCGUAUCGUUGCCUACAAUGUCUUUGGCGGCAAGGAUCGCGGUCCUGACAUAUUCGGAACGGAACCGUGGGACUACUACCUAAGGAAUCUGCUGCUCAACUUCAAUAUGUGGUUUAUCCUUGCUGCGAUUUCAGGGCCACUUGUCCUGUUCCAGUCCAUCAUCCUGAACCAAUACCCCACCAAACAAACGCUGCUCAGGACGCUGACCUUUCUCUCCCCGUUCUAUGUGUGGCUGGUCAUUUUCACCAUUCAACCCCACAAAGAGGAAAGAUUCAUGUUUCCUGCGUACCCGUUCCUCGCUUUGAAUGCCGCCAUAGCAUUCCACUCCCUUUUGGCGUGGAUCGGAUCGACGGACUCGUUCAUCUUUGGCAAAAUCCCGGCGAAACUGAAACUAGCGGUCAUCUUACCGAUUGUGCUUCUGGGCAUUAAUACCGGGCUGUUGCGUAUCGUGGGGACGCUGACCGCAUAUCGGGCUCCAUUGCAGAUAUACGACAGUCUCAAAGCAUCGAACCUGGCCCAGGAAGACAACACAGUCUGCUUCGGCAAGGAUUGGUAUCGCUUUCCAACCUCGCAUUUCCUGCCUAACAAUACCCAUGCGAAGUUUGUCAAAAGUGAAUUCGACGGUCUGCUACCUGGAGAGUUUCACGAGGGCAAGACUGGGUUUGGUUUCUUCCCGGGAACCUGGUUGGUGCCGCCUGGGAUGAAUGAUCGAAAUGAGGAAGAUCCUGCAAAGUGUAUCGAUGUCCAGUACUGCACGUUCUUGGUCGAUUCGUACAUGCCGGGAAUGGAAGCCACCGAGCACGAGCCACUAUAUGUUCUGGACGAGGAUCAUUGGGAAAAGAUCUCAUGCGCACCAUUUUUGGAUGCGUCGAGGACCGGGACUCUUGCUAGGACGAUUUGGAUUCCCGAAUCACCGGUCAUACCACCCCGGUAUCGUCGACAUUGGGGUGAACACUGCCUGCUGCGGCGAAGAGAGGUAUAA